CGUCCCAACCCGGAACAGAUGGCCGGACGACGACUCGAUGUCUACAUUGCCGGUUUCUUUCCCUUCGGACCGGGAGUCGAACAUUCUGCUACUGGCCGCGGUGUGAUGCCCAGCGUCCGUUUGGCUAUCGACCACGUCAACGAGCAUAAUGAAGUCCUGCGGAACUACCGUCUGCACAUGUGGUGGAACGACACCAAGUGUAACGCCGCGGUAGGAGUGAAAGCGUUCUUCGACAUGAUGCACUCUGGUCCUCACAAGCUGAUGCUGUUCGGCGCUGCCUGCACGCACGUCACCGAUCCGAUAGCGAAGGCCUCCAAACACUGGCAACUGACGCAGCUCUCCUAUGCCGACACACAUCCGAUGUUCACCAGCGAGGCGUUUCCCAACUUCUUUAGGAUUGUUCCGUCGGAAAACGCUUUCAAUGCGCCGAGACUCGCUCUACUACGACAAUUCAAUUGGACCAGGGUCGGAACAGUGUACCAGAACGAACCUAGAUAUUCACUCGCCCAUAAUCGACUCGUCGCCGAAUUGGAUAUGCUGGGACUCGAAGUGGUUGAAACACAAAGUUUUACUACGGAUGUCACAGACGCGCUGUGGAAGUUGCGCAACAAAGACGUCCGGGUGAUUUUGGGCAAUUUUAACGAAAGUUGGGCUAGAAGAGUUUUCUGCGAAGCAUUCAGAUUUGAGAUGUUUGGUCGUGCUUACCAGUGGCUUAUUAUGGGAAACUAUAAUUCAGAAUGGUGGACUAAGCCAACAGACAUUAAUUGUACUGUAGAAGAAUUAACAAUUGCUUUAGAAUCGACUAUCCUGACCGAUCUGUUACCUUUGUCUACGUCGGGACACAUUACAAUCUCAGGAAUCACGGCGGACGAGUAUCAAGCCGAGUACGAUAGCAGACGAGGUAACGAGUAUUCAAGAUUUCAUGGAUAUACAUAUGAUGGAAUUUGGGCAGUGGCUAUUGCCAUACAGCACGUUGCCCAACGCGUAAAGUCUCUGAAACGUGAGCAGUCUGUGGCAGAUUUUAAGUAUCGUGAUCCUAUGUGGGGCGCUCUGUUUCUGGAGGCGCUCAAAAAUACCAGCUUUGAAGGAGUCACGGGUCCUGUGAGGUUUUAUGAUAAUGAACGUCGCGCCAGCAUUUUACUCAAACAAUUUCAAAACGGAGCUGAAGUUAAGGUUGGAGAAUAUGUACCGAACACUACUGACCAGCAUGAAAGGCUGGAUCUGGAGCUUGGCGAGCCGUUGCGCUGGAUAGGUCGCGCUCCGCCUAAGGACAGGACACUCCAUCUAGUAGAACACAGCCAGGUCAAUAUCACAAUUUACGCUGUGCUCGCUAGCUGCGCCGCGCUCGGCAUCGUUAUGGCUUCCGUGUUUCUAGCCAUCAAUAUAAAAUACAGAAAUCAGAGGUACAUCAAAAUGUCCAGCCCGCAUUUGAACAAUUUGAUCAUAGUUGGCUGCAUGUUGACAUACCUCAGUGUAAUAUUUCUUGGACUUGAUAGUGGUCUCAGCAGCGUUCGCGCUUUCCCUUAUAUAUGCACGGCCAGAGCUUGGUUGCUUAUGGCUGGUUUCAGCCUUGCGUUUGGAGCAAUGUUCUCGAAGACAUGGAGAGUUCAUAGCAUAUUUACGGAUGUUAAAUUAAAUAAAAAGGUAAUCAAAGAUUAUCAACUGUUCAUGGUCGUAGGAGUCCUGUUAGCCGUAGAUUUAGCAAUUAUGACAACUUGGCAAGUUGCAGAUCCGUUUUACAGAGCGACAAAACAAAUGGAACCUUAUCCUCAUCCUACUUCGGAAGAUGUGCUAGUGGUGAGAGAAAAUGAAUAUUGUCAAUCUGAAAGAAUGACGAUAUUCGUAGGUGUAAUAUACGCUUACAAAGGACUAUUAAUGAUUUUUGGAGCGUUUCUGGCCUGGGAGACACGUCACGUUUCUAUUCCCGCGCUCAAUGAUUCUAAACAUGUCGGACUAUCUGUCUAUAAUGUCGUGCUGAUGUGCAUCAUGGGUGCAGCAAUAGCAUUAGUCUUAUCUGACCGUAAAGAUGCCAUGUUUGUUAUUAUAUCAUUAUUUAUUAUUUUCUGUACAACAGCUACGUUAUGUCUCGUAUUUGUACCAAAGUUAGUGGAAUUACGUCGAAACCCAGGCGGAAGCAUCGACAAGCGAAUUCGGGCCACGCUUCGACCAAUGUCGAAGACGCGGCGAGAUUCUUCAGCUUGCGAAUUAGAACAGCGUUUACGCGAUGUUAAAAAUACGAAUUGUCGAUUCCGAAAGGCGUUGGUAGAACGCGAAGCUGAAUUGCAAGUGCUAAUGCGCAGACUUGGUCCAGAAGCAAGAGGUUUACUAGAAGGUAAACGCCCUGGGGGUGACGCACCUCCACCAGCGGCGUCCAAUAAUAAUGCUCAUAGACUAACGGUUCCACUUUUGCGCUGUCCGAGCGCCAGCGAGACCACCGCACCUCCAAGUGCUACCGAAACAAGUGAUAUGACCUCCAUUGUCAGUUUGUCUUCGUCUCAGGACUUAGUACAGCCAGGACAAACCACGCCGGGGCAAAAAAAACUAAAAAUACCGGAUACGCCUCCGCCAGAACCGGCUGAUGUGCCCAUCACUACACAAACCGCUCAAAUAACACAACAAGAACCACCCUCUCAGAAACAAUCACAGGUGCAAUCACUUCCACAGCCGCAACCUGAGCCUCAAGUUCAACAGACAAUUUCAGAACUUGCCACAGCACCUGCUUUAUCUGAACAGCCUGUCCAAGUACAAUCGAUAGACCCACCCCAGGAUAAAGUUAGAAGUGUUUCUUUCGGACAUCACGAUGCUCGUCAACUAAAUGGGAGUGUAACACGACCCGAUGUAGGAAAUGAAUCGGAACGACGUAGUAGAACGCUACAGCAGAGCUUCGUCGUUUCCCAGAGCGAUUUAUGGGACACGGCAACAUUGGCACAUAAUAAAAUUUGUACGAGACCUACGCGCACCUGUCCUAUGGCAGCCGAGUCGUCGCCUGGCAAUCGAAGACAUUGCACCGCAUCUGACAGCGCUCAAAGUCCGGCGCAAAGCCCUAUGCACCGAAGCGUGUCCGAAAAGAAUAGGCAUCGAAGUCACAGGCACAAGACGAAGCAGCAGCCCAGCCAGCAACAGCAAGCAUUGCAGAUCCAGAGCCUCGAUAUGGAAGCCAGUAGAUGCGGCCCAUUAACGCGAAACGCUCGGACCCACCAUCGGUCUACGCCGGACGUGGCCAGAAUUGCUCCCUUGUCAGCCAGCAACGCCGCAGGCCCGGGCGCGCAGCUUAAGAAUUCCGCAGUCCAUGCCGCCAGCUCGGAAUCGGAACUUUUAGACGGCACUAUUUUACCAAUAUUCAGAAAACUAUUAACCGAAAGAGAACCGAGGCGCGGCGCCUCAGGAGCGGCUGUGGGUGCUAGUUGUCCAAACAUUUCUAUUAAAUGUGAUAUAGUCGAAUAUCUGUAG